CUCUUCUCCACCGUCACCACCAUCUAACCUCACCGACAAUCGCCCUCGACGUCGACCUCGCGUGGCUGUCACCCCUUCAAACAAUUACCCGAGCUCCUUGUUCUCGUUGUUCCUUCGUAUAAUACUAAGCUUACCGGCACACUAUCCCACCCGGCUUUGUCCCAUCAUCAGCCUUGCUUUGCGACACGCGCAAAUCAUCAACUCUACCCUACACCCAACCUUCAGUUACCAACACAUAAUCCAUCAUGUCUCACGAGGAGGAUCUCAUUGACUACUCCGACGAGGAGAUUCAGCCCACCGAGGCGCCCGCUAACGGCGGUGCGGCUGCGGCCAAGGGCGGUCUCGCCGCUGGUGAUGCUGCUGGCGACAAGAAGGGCAGCUAUGUCGGCAUCCAUUCUACCGGUUUCCGCGACUUCCUGCUCAAGGACGAGCUCGUACGAGCAAUUACCGACUGUGGCUUCGAACAUCCUUCCGAGGUCCAGCAAGUUACCAUCCCCCAGGCCAUCCUCGGAAACGAUGUCCUUUGUCAGGCCAAGUCUGGUCUCGGAAAGACUGCCGUCUUCGUUCUCGCAACCCUCCAACAGAUGGACGAGAAGCCCGAGCCUGGUGUUGCCACCAUUCUAGUCAUGUGCCACACCCGUGAGCUGGCCUACCAGAUCCGCAACGAGUACAACCGUUUUGCCAAGUUCCUGCCCGACGUCAAGGUCGGUGUCUUCUACGGAGGAACCCCCGUACAGAAGGACAUUGAGCUCCUUAGCAACAAGGACACGCACCCCCACAUCAUUGUCGGAACACCCGGUCGCAUCAACGCCCUUGUUCGCGACAAGCACCUCCGUCUUGCCAAUCUGAAGCACUUUGUCCUGGACGAGUGCGACAAGAUGCUUGACCAACCUGACAUGCGCAACGAUGUCCAGUCCAUUUUCCGUGCCACUCCCCAGCACAAGCAGGUGAUGAUGUUUUCAGCUACGCUGAACAAGGACGUGCGUGUUGUUUGCAAGAAGUUCAUGCAGAACCCGCUUGAGAUCUACGUCGACGACGAGAAGAAGUUGACGCUGCACGGUCUUCAGCAGUACUACGUGAAGCUUGAUGAGAAGGAAAAGAACCGCAAGCUGAACGACCUUCUUGACAAUCUGGAGUUCAACCAGGUCAUUAUCUUUGUUCGUUCCACUCUGCGCUGCUCUGAGCUUGACAAGCUUCUGCGCGAGUGCAACUUCCCCAGCACUGCUGUGCACUCUGGCAUUAGCCAAGAAGAGCGUAUCAAGCGCUACAAGGAGUUCAAGGAGUUCCAGACACGUAUCUGUGUGUCGACGGAUAUCUUCGGACGUGGUAUCGAUGUUGAGCGCAUCAACGUAGCGAUCAACUACGACAUGCCCGACAAGGCGGAUGCAUACCUGCACCGUGUCGGUCGUGCGGGACGUUUCGGAACCAAGGGUCUGAGUAUCUCAUUCGUGAGCAGCCCCGAUGACGAGGCGGUUCUCAAGUCGAUUGAGGAGCGAUUCCAGGUCGAACUCCCCGAGUUCCCCGAGGAUGGAGUCAACUCUGCCACUUACAUGGACAACUAAGCUAUUUAUCUUUCUUUUCUUCUGUUCACUCUGACCCAAGCGAUUGAAAGUUUGCAAGAAAGAAAAAAAACAAUAUAUGUUUUAUUGUCUAGUCCUUUGGGGAAAAAAACGAGCCGUUAUGUCCGGGACGGGUCUUGAGUGAUAGGCAGGACAGGUUUUUGGAGGCAAAAAGGAGAGCAACUUAGCGAGCGGUAUAUGUUUGCGUGACAUGUGAUUGAGUAUCUUGUUAGUGGUUGAGUGGAUGAUGAUCGUAGCCCUUUGUGGCUUGAGACGCAGAAGUGAGAGAGAUAGGAAAGAGGCAGAAAUUGACAUGCAUGAGCUCUU